AUGGCCAGGGACAAUAUCUAUGAGAACAUGCCGAUGAUGGAAGCUGCUCCCCAGCCCAAAGGAAACCCUCCUGAGACAUCGGUCCUUUGGCGGCACAGGGCACGGGGAAUCAUCGUCACUGCUGUCCUUCUCCUCCUGGGUCUGGCCCUGGCCACGUCCCUCCUUGCUGUGAUACUUCUAGAUCUCCAGGCACAGAGCAAGCUGCAAGCAGUUGAGGAAGCGGUGCAGAAGCUCCAAGUCUCUCUGCAGCCUGACAACGCCUCGGACGCGUCAGCAAAGGGUUCGGACACUCUGCAGCUAUUGGAUGAAGCGCAGGCAGGAGUCCGGAAGCUGAAAGCCCAGCUGGGUAAAGUCAGUGCAGCGUAUGGAGAAAUCCAGAUCCAGCUGGACAACGUCAGUGCAGCGCAAGCAGCCAUGCAAGGUCGCUGCAGUGACGUGCUGACAAAGGUCUCCAGGGGCUGGACGUUUUUCAAUGGGAACCUCUAUUACUUUUCACAUGAAAAAAAGUCGUGGGACGAGGCCGAGCAGUUCUGUGUGUCUCAGGACUCGCACCUGACCUCUGUCUCCUCCCAUGCGGAACAGGAGUUUCUCUCCAACGAGACCAAGGGACAAGAUCACUGGAUUGGACUCACCGACCGGGAGACAGAAGGCAGCUGGCGCUGGGUGGACGGCACAGAAUACAGAGCAGAUGCAAGCAGGGGGUUCUGGGCGGAGAAUGAGCCAAACAAUCACGAUCCGGAGAAGGAUGGUGGAGAAGACUGUGUUCACACCGAGCCAAGAAAGCGGAAUUUGUGGAAUGAUUACAAGUGCACUGAGCCUUUCAGGUGGAUUUGUAAGCAGGCCCAUGGACCGGCUGGGCUGUGACAUUCAGGUCCCAGCACCUGAGAAAGCGCCUUAAUUUCCAAGCUAUGGAGCAUGUUUCCCAGCCACCUGCCGAUGAGGAGCUUUGGGCACUGGAGGGGGCCGCAUGGGAUGUGCAUCGCAGGGACGCUUUGUCUUGCUGUGAUAUUUCUGGUUGUAGCAGCGACAGCUGCCCUUAUGCCGCUCAGUGUGGCUGGCUCUGUAAUUUGUAUGUUUCCAGGUCUGUCACUGAAUAAAUUCCUUGGAUUGUGGAGUU